AUGUCAGAGGCAGGUCCCUGGCUUAUUGUAAUAAUCAUGUCUGAACGAUCGUGCCCCGUGUCUGGGUCUGUAGGCGGUGGGAGAUGCCCUGUGGGAGGACAUGGACAGUCGGCGAACAGACGAGUUGGUCCUAGGGGUUGUUCAUUCUCGGGAUACACGCAACCUGGAGAUCUGCACGCUGCUUUUGAUGUAAGCCAAACCACUCACAUAGUAGGGCGGACCGAAUUUGACGGCGAUAGAUACCACGUGGAGUCGAUGUGGACGAGUGGCUUCGUGCUAGGUACGGGCAGUGUCAUCCCCAAACUUAAAGGGUUACUCACAGUGUACAGAGAGCAGAAGGCCAUCAACGAGAUUCUCUAUUCCGAAAUCCCUUCGGCGGCACACAUCACACAGGUCAAGAACGUCGACACGCUAGUUGCAGACGACAGGGAUCUCCUGGCCGUUGCCUUGGGAGCGCCAGCUCGUCAAGUGAUUCUCAGGGCCGAAGGCAUCGGAAGGCAGACCGGAUGGAAAGACGGAUAUCUCAGCGCCGAGUAUGGCUUUUGCGCUCCCGAUUCCAACGAAGCAGCAGGCGCACUUGCCAGCUGCCCAGGACGAGUCUGGUCCGACUUGUGUGAGCGUAUGCCUGGCUGCGUAUCGAGAGGACGAGUGAGAGAGUCUGUCGCCGCUCUGCCUCUCGUGGAAGGGACUGAAGAAAAUGUGCCUGACCAAGCACUGUGGGCUGCCAUUGUUGCCCUGGGUAUGCUUUGCUCCAUCUACAGGUAUGAAGACAAGAACGACGGCUACGACGGAGUCAGCAUCAGCUCCAUCUCCACCAAGCCCCGCGUCGAGAUGAGCGACGACCUCGGGCCGGAACUGGUUGGAAUUCCACGGACUAUUGGACUUCCUUACUGGCAGAUUUCGAGACGUAUGGGACGUGCCAUUCCGCAUCUGACCUUCUACGACCAGGCAUCGCACAACAUUAAAGUGCGAGACCCGACUUCCAUCUACCCCUAUGUCGGGCGUUUUGACAACACGGACUUGCGUUGGCCCAUGUUCGGAGAGCGCACCGAGAUUGCUUUCUUGAAGGGAUGUGCUGAUACGUCAGCGUCGUUCCAGCAUGGCCCUGAUGCCAUUGCCGCCUGUCAAGAGCAUGUGAUGAACCGAAACAAUGAAGGCCUCUUAAGAGAGAUGGUCAGACUUAAGGAGAUCCUCGAGCGAAUGCCCAACGCCUUCCAUUCCAUCUCGACGAAUCCGAACUCGGGCGAUAACUACGUAUCUGCCGCUGAAUGGGUUCGAUGGGGGAAGUUUUCCGCGCCACUAUCCAAGAGAUGCCCGGCCGCCUCCGGCCUCCAAUUUCCACCUUACCUCCUUAUGGAUGCUUUCCUUGGCCGGAAGAAAUACGAUUCAUUCCUCGGAAACGAAGGAUUGCACCUCCGAGCAUGGCUGCCUUCUAACCUUCGAGCGUUCAUCGCAGCUGUCGAAUAUCACUACCGCAUUCCAGAAUAUGUCAAGGAAUCUGGUGAUCCCCGUCUCAUGGGUGUACUUGACGGAAUCAUCGAGGCCUAUGUGGGCGAGCGCGGAUUCAUGGGUACACAUCGAUACAAGGUGUUUGGGAUCCUGGAGGUAGCAUCCAAGACUGGUCGAACAGAAACAAACGGUGCUUCGGGCGCGUCCGACGACUCUGGAAGACCAUGGGAGGAGGUUCACCGACAGUUUGCGGACGCUAUGAAGGAGCGGCUAGAGCCUCAUCGUGGAAACAUCCCCGUUGAACCCCACGAGAUGCGCGGCACGUUUGAGGAGUGUCGUUACAAGUCCCGCAUCCUUACCCGGUCCUUUGUCGACUCGGACCCCGAGCGGUCCAUCGCUAUGGUCACACUAGACCUUCACAACAAAGGUAUCACCUUCCAGCCCGGCGACAGACUGGCCAUCAUGCCUCUUAACAGCUGGGAGGAAUGCGCCAAGGUCGCCGCAGCCCUCGGUCUUGACUCGAUGCUUGAUGCCCCUGUUCUACUUGACCGCAAGUGGUCUCGCUUUGCCGAGCACCUCGAUACUGUGUCUAACCAUGGUCUCAUCAGACCCACGGGCAAUGUAAAAAAGUUGAUGGUCAAGGAUAUUCUUCGACGAGGCCACUUGGCUCCGCUGACUCAAGAGCUCGUCCUCAAGAUCCACGCCAUGCUCCGGGCUUCGUCCAACACAGUUCUCCAAGUGCUGGCGACUGACGAAUGGCCAGUCCGAGGCUCUCUUGGCGACCUUCUCCAGGCUGCUGUGAUGGACACUCCAACGCACAUCUGGGACCACGCUUUCGAUCUUUCCAACAACAUUCCCUGGCUGAGCGAUCUGAUCCCCGUGGAGGUUCCGCGUACGUAUUCAAUCUCGAACUUCCCUGAGGGACUACUUCCUAGUACUGUCGACCUCACAAUCUCGCGCGCGGAAUACAAGCUUUGCUCUACAUUUGCCGGGAAAAGCAGCAUCACUCGCUCUGGAGUCAGCAGUGGAUACCUCAACCCUCCAGUCGGCUCGCCAGACGAUUUCAUCGCCGAUGACGACGAUUUACUCAUUGGCGUCUCCAGGCCCAUUGCCUUUCAACUGCCGAUCGACGGCGCCGCUCCUUGUGCUUUCUUCGCUGGUGGCAGCGGAAUCGCCCCCUUCAGGGGCUUCUGGCAAGCCCGGGCUGGCCGCUCUGUUGGUAAGAAUAUGCUCUUUCUCGGCGUACAAAACCGCGAAAAGUUUUGCUACGAGGAUGAAUUACGCCAGUAUGUCAACGCCGGGCUCAUGGAGGUUCACCUCGCCUUUUCUCGUGACAGCCGCGGCCUUGCGUACGACCCAUACCUCAGAGACCUCGUCGAGCGCCACACGGAGCCAAGAUACAUCGAUACACUCAUCGCAGAGCAAGGCGCCGGCGUGUGUGACUUGGUCAUGUCGAAGAAGCAGGGCGGCCUUGGCGGCUACUUGUACAUCUGCGGCUCGGUGGCCGUCUUCGACUCCGUCAUGAGCGGCUUGCGCAAGGCUAUAUACAAUCAUCGCACAACUACCAUGGAAUCGACGGACUCGAUCAUCAACACCGCAUUUGCUGAGCGAAGAAUCAUGUUGGAUGUGUUCAUGACCCCAAAACCGCUCCCUUGCAAUCUUCCCACGAUCCCUCUUUCACAACUGGCGCUACACACCGGUCACCGGCCGGGAGGCAGGAUGUGGAUUGGUGUUCAUGGCAGCGUCUACGAUGUGACUGACUUUUGUCCUAUGCAUCCAGGAGGCAACCUGAUUAUCAAAUCAAACGCCGGCGUGGACUGCACAAAAUCGUUUGAUAACCUGGCGCAUACCAACAACCCCGAAGUCGCCAGCCUGCUCACCAAGUAUUUCGUUGGCAACCUGACGCCCAAGCCGGAAUACCAUGACAGCGACGAACUAAGCAGUCUCUACGACAUGUGGUCAGCUUACCUUCGCACAACAGUCGAGACGCUCGUCGCGCAGCAGUUCGAAAUGGACGACAUCAUGGGGUCCUCCAAGCUCUGGUUCCAAGGCAGCCUCAUCAACAUGCUCGGCGUGCGCAUCUUUUACCAGUACCAAUCACGAGUCCUCCAGGGCGGCUUCUCUGCACUCUUUGGGCCAAAGUUCCAAGAGCUCGUGCUCAAGCUCUCCUUUACGAUGGCCAACUCCGCCUCCCCCGGCUCUGAUACCAAGCUCCCCGAUAUCCUCGGCAUCAUCGCCCGCGCCAAGACGUCCUCCGACGCCGUGGCUACUUCGAAGGAGGUUUCCCGCAUCGGACAGUUCAUCUGCGACUCGGAGCCGGCACGUUUUAUGGAGCGCGGCAUCAUGGACUACGCCAGCAAAUCCGUGCAGUAUGAUAUCGAGCUCCUCGAAGACAUCCGCGAAGAGGCGUGCCACGGCAUGGACGCCUUCGACACCAUCAUGAACCUCGAGACGUCAUCCGACUUUCAGCGUGUGACGGCACUGUGUCAGUUCCUCAUGCAGAUUCUGGAGCGUAUGGCCAAGAGGCUGGAAAUGUUUUACUCCAAGCUGGCUCAGUGUUCCAUCUACCAGCCCGAAAUCGAGCGCAAUCCCGCCCGCACACGGUGGAACCUUCUCAGGAGGCGCAUCUUUGACGGGUCGUUCUUCGUGCUCACGCAGAGCACCGUUAUCGGUGCCGCACCGGGAUACAAACCUGUGCAGGAGACGGUCGAAUUCGACAACGUGCUCUCGCAGAUCCAACAGACUAUCCGCAACGCGCCUCAUGUACCGCCACCGCCGCCAUCCGGCACGCAGACAAUGCAGCUCAACGAGCGGCAUAGAGUGAGGGCAGAGGCGCCUGUGCAUGGUGCCUCGGCGUUCGAAUCGCACCAGAACGGCAACGCGCUCAACCGCAUGUCGACAUUCAUCGACAAGAACAUGCGCGCCAUCCGGAGGCUAAGCAAGAUGCCCCCGAUGCCGCUCAAUAUGAGCUUCGAGCAGAUGGUGGUCGCGAACCAGCCGCAGUUCCCGUCCCACGGGGUGACCACCCCCCCCUCUAGCCGUGGCUCGAGUAGAUCUCCAACGAGAGGCCGCGCACCCGCUGCGAACGCUUUGCAUACUCAAGGUCUCCCUCACUCGCGGACACCGUCGCUCGCCGAAGCAUCUAUGGCCCGCGCGACUCUUAACCGCAGAGGCACGAACAGCUCCGACGGGGCGCGGUCGAUGUCCUCCUUUUCACAUCACCACCAGAUGAUGAUGGUGCAUCAUGGCAUGUCCCAUCUUCCACCGACCCCGGUCGCGACGCCGCCGCUCGAUCCCAACACGGCGAUCCAAUCAAUGGUUAGCCGUCUGAACUUGAAGUCGCGCGGCGUGGCGGGGUCGUCGCCCGCUUCACCGGCCCUGUCGCUGGACGAGAAGGGCCGGGUGACGCGCAUGUCGGCGGCUGGGUCAAUGCAUAAUCCGCGGGCAAGGUCGACGAGCACGUUGAGGUCGUUCAAGUUGCGGGAGUUGGUGGCAAGCCAGGAACAGACGAGGAUUGCGCCGACAUUUUGA